UUGUAUAACAGGAUGCUUCGAAAACAGGCAGGUUGCUUGGUGUUGACUGUUGUAAUAGUUAUUCAAGCGAAACUUGGUUUUGCGAAAACAAGCGAAGCUUCUGCUUUAGGCAAGUUAUGUUCGGUUGUUCGGUCGGAAAUUCUAAAUGAAUACGAAGAAAAAGUGAUUGAACCGCGGGGGCAAAACUGUACGUAUUACUCGACGCAAUUCAUCGAUUCAAACAGAGAUGAAGUUUCUCGUGUGCAAGACCUCUUGGUUAAGAUGGGAAACCAAAGCGAUUUCUUCGCACAAGACCUGGAAGUGUUCACGAACUUAGAAGUGUUAGAAAUAAUAGGGGAGGGUCCUUUGAACUUACACCGCGCUACGUCAUCAUUGUCGAUUGGGAGUAUUACUGUAAGCGGUAAGCAACUACAAAACGUGACGGAAGUAACCAACGUUUUUCCUGAUGUUACCAAACUAUUAUUGUCGGAAGAUUCGAUUACGUCAUUGGGGGAAACUGACGUCACCGACAUGACGUCACUGGAGUCGUUAAUCGUUGAACGCAGCAGUUUGUCGAAAGUUGAACUCACGUGGUUGAACAGAUCAACCAACUUACGUAGACUUGAACUUCGUGACGUCAAACUUACAGAAAUAUCGACGGAUUUUAAGAAAGCAAAAUAUCUUGAGUUCCUUGAUCUCUCCAACAACCACAUAACGAUCAUCCAUAACUUCGCGUUCACAAAAGCUGCGGAAAUGACGACGUUGAUUCUUUCCAACAAUCUCGUACAAACUAUAGAAAGGAAAGCAUUUAAAGGUCUUUAUAAUCUUGAGUGGUUGGAUCUAUCAGAAAACCGAAUAACACGACUUCCCUCCGGCGUUUUCGAACACAUUCUCACUCACGACCUGACGCUUAACUUCUGGGAAAACCCGAUCAAUUGCGACUGCGACCUGGCCUGGGUUUUCCCUUGGUUCAAAAUGCGAUUACGCCAGAGCGGUUCAUCAGUAAACAUGAGACUAAGGUGUUCCGCACCAAGCCAAAACAACGGGAAGAUGCUGCAUGCCGAUCAUUCUGGUUUGCAACCAAACGAACUUGGAGAAUGUGGGGAAAAUACAGAAACCAGCGGAGCAGCAGCAAUACCACCGGAUACAACGUCAUACAUCUGCCCGACACAUUGCGGUUGUUUUACUUCAAGAGUCGAAUACAAGGCCGCUAAUUCACACCCUGCACCGGACUAUUCAUUCCCUCUCACUUCGUGCAUGGGAAACAACAACACUGAGUUACCAACCAACAUUGACGCAAGAACCCAUUGUUUGGUUUCAACAAACGGAUUGCUUGAAGUAUUAAACGUAGACGAACUCGACCACAUCGAAGGAUUGGUUUCGUUGGAUCUUAAACAAAACCGUAUCAGCACACUAACUGGGAACCACGUCUUUCAAUCCUUGACGGUGUUGAGUCUCGAACAUAACUUACUUACUUCAAUAACUAAAAGAUUCCUAAGGAAUUUCCCGAUGCUGAGAAAGCUAAGGAUCUACAACAACCAAAUACAAUAUUUGGCACCUCGGCUGUUUCUCUAUAACAGGUUGCUGACGAAACUCUUUAUUGGCCCAAACCCUCUGGGUGGUUCGUUUCAAGGUGAAUGUUUUGAUAAUCUGCAACUUAUCAAUCUUGGUUUACAAAAAGUUGGUUUGACGUCCGUUCCCGCAGGCAUAAGACACAUGAGCAAUCUAUUGAAACUUGACUUGAGCGACAACUUUAUCACAAAAAUAAACAAGGACGAUUUUGCAAACUGUUUUUCACUUGGUAGCAUUACACUGGAAAACAACAACCUCACUCGUAUAGUGCCCGGUGCAUUCAGAAACACAGGGAAACUAGAAGUGUUGGAUUUGUCAGAAAACCGAUUAACGACGAUCGAAAACGGGACUUUUAAAGCACUCGGUCCAAGUAUAACACACAUGGAGCUGUGGCAGAACCCGUUUAAAUGUGAUUGUAAACUAACAUGGUUUGUCAAUUGGAUUUCUAAGGAUCUUGAAAACCCAUUGGCCGAUGUAAGAUUUCGAUGUGAAACUCCAUCACGCAUGAAUGGGAAAACGUCAUCACAGACAUCGAUCGAACAAUUUACUUGCGGGGAAGAUGAUACACCAGGACCGGAGUUGGUGGCUUGUCCCAACAGCCAAUCAUCCCAUUAUACCGUGGUCGCCGUCAUCAUUACAAUACUAUGUUGUUGUGUUUUACUGGCGCUGGUCUACAUAUUGAAGAGACGGUGUCGAACCGACCGAUCAAGGGGGAGUAAUUGUAUUAAACUCGGUGUCAAGAAGAGUGGGAACAAUAUUUAUAGCAGGGCGGGGUUUCAUAGAUCGGACACAGAUGCAAUUUACACAGAAGAAGAAAUCUUGGACUCGUAGAAUAUUCCAACUUGCUUUGCUUCAUUUAAUUUAAACGUUUAAAUGAUGUUUUUAAACUCUUAACAAUUUUACAAAUGAUUUUUAAAAUGUUUGAUACGACUUGAAUGUCGUCUAUAUAGUAUAUAGUUAGAGGGGAGGGGGACAUUCUAUUAUCUAGUCCCAUUUAGUAGUAAACAAAGAUCAUUUAAAGAAUUAUUAAUUAGCAUUCUCACGAAUCCCAUGGACCGUUGUUAAUUGUUUAAAACACGAUCAGGAUAUUUGGAUAUUAUGUGAUAAAGGUGUCCCAUCUUCCCCAUUGUAUACAUCGUGAUCAAUAUGCUGUUAACCAAUGUGUGUCCUGUAUCACGUAAUUGGUUAUAAUUAUUUUUCUUGCGUGCAAUCAACUUUCUGUGAGUUUAAGUGCCAUAACAAUGUAUCACUCGGAAGUUUUAAAUAUCAUUGUAAAUUUAUCCGAAAAUAUUUGUGAUGAAAACCAUACAUUUGAUCGUUGAGGUAAAGGAAAUGUCGAGGAGAUAUUGACGCGUGUGGGACACGAUAUCGAAGACUAAAGGCACGAGUAGUCUAUGUUUCGUUUACGCUUUAUUGUUUGUCCGUGAAAUAUGUUCCUACCAAAUUCAUAGAAACAACAUUACUCUAGCAUGAUGAAAUA